CAGUGUCUAGUCUGUGGGAAACUCACACGAAGAAGUUAAUGGACACGAACAGUGACCAAGAAUAAUUAACACGUUAGCCUUUUUAUUAUUGUUAUUUAAACGUUUAUUAACACCCUGGAACUCAAAAUCGGACUAAUUUAACAGCAAAGUAUCACAUACUUACCGCAUGUUGUGUUUAAUUCGUGUUGGUUACAGGACUUGGUUGAUAGAUGUUAUCUAGGUAACGCUAGUUAGCUGCUAACAAUGGCUAACUCUAACUGUAUGGUUUUUCAUACUCAAAUAGCCUCCAUCAUGGAGGUACUAGCGAAUGCAGCCGUGGCAGAGAUCUGUAAACUCGUAGACGACGACUAUGCAGUGUUUCGUUUAGAAAUAACUCAAGGCCAGAAAGAAAACAGGGCAUUACGGAGGAAACUACUGGAAGUUAAGGUGGCACGGGAGCGCGCAGAGAAGACAUUACGAGAGCGCGUCCUCACCAGUCGACCCAGUAGUGUCAAGAUCCUCGACAGAUACAGAGGAUUGGCAAGAGGUGAAGGACAUCUCACUGGAGGCCACAGGAGCUUUGCGAAGCCAGCGGGACGCAGUACAUGGAGAGAUGACCAACCAAUAACUUUUGAUGAGGGGAGCGGAACCUCAACCCAGCAUGUUAUUGUGAUAGAGGUUAAUUCUGCAGAUGUAGAGGCUGCAGGUCCUGGAGAAUCAUCUCUGGUCAAGCAGGAGAGGAUUGAAGGAGAGGAGGACCCACAACACAGCAGAGACAUCCAGACUGGAGCAGCGGCUGUACUGGUACCUCCUGUAGCCACGAAUCACUUAUCCACCGCCGUGCCCCUGCCCAGGGCCCGAUGCAGCAUCACGGAGGUCAGUGGAACACAGAACGCCGUCCUCAAGUCAGAGACGGACACCAAGACUUUAACUGUAACACAAAGGCUUUUACACACAGGAUCUGACCACAGGCUAGACCCAGAGAGACAGGAGCUGGGGAGACUGGGCUGUCCACUUGCUCCCGGAUCAGAGUAUUUACUUUACGGUAACCCGAGACCGAGGACGGUUCAUUCCCAUCGGGACCCAGGUAAUGCGUUAGAGACUGGCAAUGAUCCGUCUUGUUCUUACUCUACAGAGAUGGACCCUGGCAACAUGCCCUUGGGUUUAGAGACACAGACUGAUCUGUCUAGAGAAGACUGGAACCAGUACAGUAGUAGUGUAUACUCUAAAGGGUGCCAAGAUGAGAAAGGGGAGGGUCUGGUUGUAGAUGAGGUGACUGUGAAAGUGGAGGGGGAUGCUCCUCUGGCAUGGAAUGUAGACGAGACUCACUUAGGAGAAGGACACUCACAAGGCAGAGAUUUCUUAGAUUACAGGGGAAGCUUAAAGACUAAUCUAAAUGUCGCCACCCACUCCCCUUUACACACAUUCAGGGAUCCAGUGUCCACUUCGAUGGGGUCUUCCGAUUCACACGGCCGUGUCUUUUUCGAUCAGGUUUUGAACUCAAACGACACGGCUAGAGCCCAGGCUCAGGGAGGGGUAACAACAUCAGGCAAUAGUAAAGAGAAACGGUUCCGUUGCAUGUUCUGUAACAAAGGCUUCAGCUGCCCUCAGAAGGUGGAAAUUCACCAGAGGGUCCACACUGGGGAGAAACCCUUCAGCUGUACCCAGUGUCACAUGCGCUUCGCCCUGGCUGGCAACCUGAAGAGACAUCAGAGGGUCCACACAGGGGAGAAACCCUUCAGCUGCCCCCAGUGUGAGAAGAGAUUCUCCCAGGCUGGUGACCUGAAGAGGCACCAGAGGGUCCACACAGGGGAGAAACCCUUCAGCUGUACCCAGUGUGACAUGCGCUUCGCCCUGGCUGGCAACCUGAAGAUGCACCUGAAGGUCCACACGGGAGAAAAGCAGUUUGCCUGUACACACUGCGGGAAGAGCUUCUCAGAGAGGAGCUACCUCAGUAUACACCAGCAGAAAAACCAUUCCACUCUAUAACAUAGAAAGUAACCAUUCCACUCGAUAUCCUCUGACGUUUAGAUGAAACCCUGCACAAAGAGAAAUUGGUAUUGUUGUCAGCGGAAAAGAUCCAAAGAUUCUUUUGGAAUGACGAGUGUAACAGAUUUCAGUGUUGAAUAUUGCAUCCAGGCAUUGUGUGAUAUACACUGAGUGAAUGAAACUUUAAGAACACCUUUCUAAUACUGAGUUGUACCACCCCCUUUUGCCCUCAGCACAGACGCAAUUCGUCGGGACAUAGACUUUACAAGAUGUCGAAAGCAUUUCACAGGGAUGCUGGCCCAUGUUGACUCCAAUGCUUCCCACAUUUGUGUCAAGUUCCUUUGUGGUGGACCAUUCUUGAUACACAUAAACAAACCCAUCAGCAUUGCCGUUCUUGACACAAACCAGUGCACCUACAUUUACUCCAUUUAAAAGGCACUUAAAUAUUUUGUCUUGCCCAUUCACCAUCUGAAUGGCACACAUACACAAUCCCUGUCUCAAUUGCCUCGAGGCUUAAAAUUCCUUCUUUAACCGUUCUCCUCCCCUUCAUCUACACUGAUUGAAGUGGAUUUAACAACAACAUCAAUAAGGGAUCAUAGCUUUCAGCUGGAUUCACCUGGUCAGUCUAUCAGAGCUUAAUGUUCAUUAUGUUUUUUUACACUCAGUGUAUAAGCCUAAUGAGUCUCUUACAUAUUGUGUUUGUACUGUGUAGGAUAUAUAAUGUUCACAAAUGCCUAUUUCAUUAUUUCCAUUCAACUACUUUAUUCCCCCCCCCAAAAAGCACCCUAGUCCUUGCCAAUGACAAGCAUACCCUUAACAUGAUGCAGCCACCACUAUGCUUGAAAAUAGUGGUACUCAGUGAUAUGUUGUGUUCGAUUUGCCCCAAACAAAACGCUUUGUAUUCAGGACAAAGUUUAUUACUGAAGUGCCAUUUUGCAAACAGGAUGCAUGUUUUGGAAUAAUUUUUUUUCUGUACAAGCUUUCUUCUUUUCACUCUGUCAUUUAGGUUAAUAUUAUGGAGUAACUACAAUGUUGUUGAUCCAUCCUCUGUUUUCUCCUAUCACAACCAUUAAACGCUAACUGUUUUAAAAUCA